UCAAAGUGGAGCAGCACACCCUUGAACACUGCAGUGAGGGAAAAACACAUAAAGUAGUGAAAGGAUUUUGGCUGAUAUCAUGACUACUUAUUACAACAAUCCGCCGGCAGGGACAUCUGCCUAUGUCGGUGGUUCUUUCUCUCGGGGCUGGACCGGGGAUUCACGGGGCGAAGUGGAGGCGUUUAUUUGGAGAUGUAGACAAGAUAAUGACGGGAAUUUCUGGUAUAAAAACGACAAUAAUCGCGAGAUGGAUUCAGCGUCCGUGACAAUGUUCCUCAAUAUGCUGACUGAUGUGAACACACGCUGUCGCGUGAUGGAAGAACAACUCACGGAUCUUCAAAAACACGCACAACGCGUGACCUCCCAGCUGGACUCCAUGGUAUCGCAGCCAGCCAAGAGGGCCUCAUCAUCGUCCAAUUCCUCCUCCGGAUCGACCUCCGUCUCCACUGCUGACACCUUGAAGGCCAUACGGAAGCUGCAGUGGAAGAUCUUCGAUCUGCAGAGGGAGAAUGAGGCACUUAGGGCGGUGUUGGAAAUGCAAAGGGCGAAAGAGCAGAGCGCAGAGGCUGAAGUUGAUGAGCCUCCUCAGCUGGAAGAUACAGAAACAUCACCUAAAUCAGCAAAGAAACCAGCAUGGGCACAGCCUGGCAUCAUGAUCAAGACACCCCAGAACACACCUGUUCCGGCCAUGGUCAGAAACAGGGGGACACACUCUCAACAAGAGCACGUGCCGUCAGAGACUGCACAUGCAAGACCCUCAGACACAAGAAUAGUGCUUUUGACGAAUUCAGAGGAUGGUUUAACCAGCACCGAGGAUCAUCAACAAGAAUGUUGUGAAUGCCCACAGGAAGGUGGCAGAUGCCAACCAGGAAACAGUGUUCAUCAUUCAGAGGGUGGUGGGUCCAGUGAACUGACCAAAGAUUAUCAAAAUGAAGCUUCUGGUUCAUCUCAUGAAUUCAGUCAACCUCUCGAAACAAAGGAUACGGGACAAAGAAGUGGCUAUCAAAAGCAGCUGAAGACAGACUCGACCAAAGAGUCAUCAUCUACACCUUCAAGGUAUCCAUACACACGUUGGGUAUCAUCGAAAAGGAAAAAGACACAACUAGGUGUUCCACUGGGUCGGCAAACUUGGUGUUGGACAUCUCAUCAUCCGAGGCUCUUCCCACAAGUGUCCACUACACCGUCAGCAAGAACUGAAACUUGUUUGGCACCAGAGCCAAGGUAUCAGUCUACUCCAAGGAACUCUUGCUCUGUUAAUUCAAAGGAUGCAGGCCAGAAUGUUGGCCAGCCUGAAAAGCCUGCUGGAACAUCUGAGACAUCUGCCAACCACUGCCAAUGGCACAAUCCCCGUGAAGAAGGCUUUAGCGAUUACGACCGGCAUCCCUGCGCAGAGCAACUCACUGAUGUCAAGCUGGAAGAUUUUACCCUGUAUGCCUCGCCAGAGGAUAUUCAGCUGGUGCAAGGAACUUUGGAGCUGCUGAAUUCAAUCAACAAUUUAGAAUACAGGAAAGACGGAGAAGCAUGAAAACAAUUCCCAACUCCAAUGAAAGUGCCUGACUCCAGGAAGCAUCUGUUGUUGAGAGAAUGGAAGCGAGUGAUUGAAGAGCUGACAAAUUUCUGAGGCACUCCUCCAAUGCCCUUUUUAGACUUUGUGACCCUGAUCAGUUCAGGUCUUCCCAAAUUGGCCCAAAACCCAACACUGUGGUGAAAAAGCAAAGCAUUUGAUUAAGACAAAUUUGAAAUGGUUGGAUUAAAAACGUGGCAGACUGUUCAUGGAAACACAGAAAAAUGAAGGAUUCUAUUUGCCAGUUGACUUUCACAGUAACAGUACCUCACUCUUAAUUUUUAAAAUCAGACUUUAGUCACUGAAGCAAACCUUUUCUGUGUAGAAUGAACAAAUCUGAAUUUCAGUUUGUGCUGAAUACACCUCUUUUACCACUACAAAUCAGCCAGAGAGCACUGACAGAAUUAAUAAUUUGAUUGAAAAAAGCAAAUUUGAAGGUAAUUACAGAUACUUGUAGCUACUGAUGGCUUUUACUGUGGCAUUUAAACAAAUGUUACAUUCCACAUUUUGAAAUUUGUAAUAACCAUAGAAAUGGGUACAGUGGUUUUCAACAGGAUCCGUAAAAAUACAGCAAUUCAUGUAAAUUAAAGUAGGCAAUUUGUAAAUCCAAGAUUAAAUUGUAACUGUAAACAGAAACUCUCAGAUUUAACUCUUCCGAGUACGUGUACUUUGUACGUAUUACAAAGGUAAAGUUUAAUGUACUGAGAACAAGUCUUGAUGAUGCAUGUUCACUGCAAAUAUUUAUUAAAUCCUGUAUGCUCUCAGUCCAAGAUCCCUCCUGAAUCCACCAAAAUCCAAUAAAAUCCUACACAGUACACAAAGCCAAUGGCACAAUCUUUGAAUUCAACUUUACGGGGCUACCCAGCCGUAUGCAGAAGAGGGGCUGUA